AUGCAACAUACAACCAUUGCCCAUGGAUUCGAUUCCAUUCACCCAGAAUCCCAGAAUAAACCAACCAGUACCUCCCACAAAACUGAAAUCAUCAUUGCAAAAACAAGCAUUACCAACAAACAAUCAAUAAGACAAUCCAGAGCAAACCAUGCCUCCCACUCACACCUCUUCCAGUGGCAGCAUCACAUCACCAACAGCAGCAACGAAGAAACCCUUCGUACACCAUUGUUGCCCACAGAAAACUUUGAAAACACACUUCCCGACGGAAUCCUGACAAUCAACGCCUUUGAAAUUGCAGAAGGUGGAUACGACGAAUUUGUUGCCACCAUUUUGAAUCGUUUGGUGGAGAUUUGUCAGGCGAAUCCAUGGCUGCUGGGUCGCUUGGAACAGACUCGGACUAUCUCUCUCACCAGUCCUCUGAAUGGAGACUUUGAAAUAGUGACACCAGUCAAUCUGGAUCGAUCUGCCCUCCAAGCUCGCAUCCAAAAGGACGUCUUUGUCGAAUCACCCAGCGACCUUGACUGGUGGAACACACUCGAUGGAUCUCCCUUGGCCGACCUCAUGAACUUUGUCGCAGCAAAGGGACCCACUGCAAAUUCCACCACCGGUCUACACCCCAAUCUACCGGGACGAACCUAUCACGAUUUGAGCAAACUCCUCAAGUCCCAUCCUGACACGGGCAUUCCCACGGGCCCCGAAAGUGCCAAAGCCCAAAGCUCCUUAUUUCGUGUCGUGAUCUUGCCCACACCGACGCGCCGCCAUGCCUUUUUGAUCAUGGGCAUGUCCCACACCGUGGCUGAUGGCAAUACAUACCAUCGCAUCCUCCACAUGCUCUUGGGAAGUACCAAUCGUAAAACAAGGCAACCUGUGGAAAUUGUGCCUCUUGCAUACGACAUGCGAGCGUCAUCUCUGGAAUUGCAACAAGAGGUGGAUCUUCAGACUUUGGUCAAGAAUUACAAACGGGAACGAGAUGCUGUCGUCCCCGAAGCCAAACUCAUGGAUCAAAUCAAAUUGGGAUUGGACAUUGGACGGUCUGCCAUGAAGGAACAAUUCUAUGAGGGACGACAACUGCAAUCCUUUGUAACACUGGUGAACUUGCAAGAGAUAAAUCGCCUCAAGGAGGAAUAUGCAGCUCCCCAAUUCCAAGACGCUGUUUUUGCAGAAGACAGUGAGCGGCCUCCCAAGAGUCAGACCUUGUCUACCAAUGAUAUCUUGGUAUGUGAGCUUUCCAAACUCUUGAAUAUCGAUCGAGUUGAUACUCUUGAAUAUCGAUCGAGUUGA